UGUUUCUCCUCUGCUAAUAUCUCGUCGCCAGGAAUUAACGAACGGCUUAUCUUCGUUACCUCAGCAAUGAUGGCGAGCAAAUCUUUGAGAGCAGUGCUUCUGGCUACCAUCCUGCAGGGUGCUUUCGCAGUUACCACUCCUUGGGGGCAAUGUGGUGGUAAGGGAUAUACUGGCGAUGAAGACUGUCCUUCAGAGUACUACUGCAAAGUACAGAACGAAUGGUACUUCCAAUGCGUCCCAGGCACUGCACCUUCAACGACGGUUCCAACCACGUCACCAACAUCGAGCCCGACCGUUUCGACCACCAUCACGUCAACCCCAACUUCCACCCCAACAUCAAGCCCAACCUCGUCCGGAACAGCUUCGCCCACGACUUCGGGAAGCGGAGUCCAAUGCACAGGAACCUUCACUCCAGUCAGUGCCUCAGCGUACAUUGCGGCCCUCAACCCAGGCUGGAACCUCGGCAACACGCUCGACGCCAUCGAAGACGAAGGCGACUGGAACAACGCGCCCGUAGCCCCCUCAACAUUCGACUCGAUCCUCGCCGCGGGCUUCCAGUCGGUCCGCCUCCCCGUCACCUGGGCGUACCACUUCACGUCCGGCUCGCCAACCUGGGACGUCGACCCGGCAUGGCUCCAGCGCGUCUCCGACGUCGUCGACCAGGCCACCGAGCGCGGCCUCAAAGCCCUCGUCAACGUCCACCACGAUAGCUGGACGUGGGCCGAUGUUUCUGCCGCCGGUGCUAACAUCACUGAGAUCGAGGAGAAGUUUUCUAGGCUGUGGUUUCAGAUCGCCACGAAGCUUGCGUGUAAAGGGAGCGAGGUUGCGUUUGAGCCCAUCAACGAACCGCCUGGGACCACGGCCGAGCACGGCGCGGAGCUGAAUAAGCUGAAUGGUAUCUUCUUGCAGGCUGUUAAUGAUGCUGGUGGGUUUAACCCCGAGAGGGUUGUGACGCUUGUUGGGUUGGGUGAGGAUGCGGUUAAGACGAGCUUGUGGUUUGAGCCGCCUGAUGAGAAGUUUACGAAUCCUUGGGGGGUGCAGUUUCAUUAUUACUCGCCUUACGACUUCAUCUUCUCAGCCUGGGGCAAAACAACCUGGGGUUCCGCCACCGACAAAGCAACCCUCGAAGCAGACUUCUCCGCGCUCCGCGCAAACUUCACAAACGUCCCCUUACUCCUGGGCGAAUGGGACGCGUCGACGACAAACACCGAAACCGCAGGUCGCUGGAAGUACUUCGACUUCCUGCUGCGCACGGCGGCCAAAUACAAUGUGUCGACCAUCAUGUGGGAUAACGGGCUGGACCACUACGACCGCGUGGCAGAUGAGUGGCGCGACCCGACGGUACUAGGGAUCCUGCAGAGCGCCGUGGAAGGGGAGACGAAUGCGUUGGCGGAGAGCACGACGGAUGCGGCAGCGACGAGCGCCGUGUCGAGCGCGUACGUGUGGAAGAAAGUCGGCGACGACGUAACGGCGGUGUCGGUGCCGUACCAGUUCAACGGGCUGACGUUGACGUCCAUCUCGGAGACUACAAACUCGACCUCGAAGCCGCUGGUCGCGGGCUCCGACUACGCCGUCGAAGAGUCAAACGUGACCUUCUCCGCAGAGUACCUGAGCACCGUCUACGCGGGCUCGAAUGCAACGGGGACGCUGGCGACGCUGGCGCUCGAGUUUUCGGCGGGCGCGCCCCUCGCGCUGCGCGUUGCGCAGUGGGCGCCGCCGAAGCUGGCGUCGACGUCUUCGGCGUUGCCCGCGACGUCGGCGGAUUUGCUGAUUCCUGUUGCUUGGGCUGGGCAGAACCGACCUGCUGCUGUGCGGGCGCUGAAGAGCGAUGGGGGGAUUUUGAUAGAGGAUUGGACGCAGUACUUGGGGCCCUUGCAGCAGGGUAGGAUGACGUACGAGAACCAGUGGAAUUGGGACGAGGGGCAUGUAAUUCUCAAGGCGCCUGUCCUCGACGCGGUGAGAGCGGCGGGCAGAACGACCACCUUCACGUUUGAGUUCUAUCCGAGGGUAGAGGGUUUGGUCAACUCAGCAAACUACACUAUCACAGUUUGA